GAGUUCCUGCCUCGCGGAGCAUCGGACUUGGAGGCAGAGACCCGGCUACGACUACCGGCUCCGCCACUUUCUAGCGCUGUGACCUUGGUUUUCAGGUGGCGAAACUGACUGGUCUGGUUAGAGCGCGUCCAAGCCAAGCCGCAGUGCUGUUUGGAUUUUUAAAUUUCUCCUUCUGAGUGAGAAAAUAGCAAUCGAGAUGGAACCAUCCGCACAACAGCUCCAGCUGGCAGCAUCACCUCCUGCCAACUUAUCCAACUUCUGCCAAGGUUCUGAAAUGCCAACGAUGUCGAGGCCUGCACUUGAUGUCAAGGGUGGCACCUCACCUGUGAAAGAGGAUGCCAGCGAAGAGAUGAGCUCUCUGGCCUACUCUAACCUGGCAGUUAAAGACCGCAAAGCAGUGGCCAUUCUGCAUUACCCUGCGGUAGCCUCAAAUGGAACCAAGGCCAGUGGGGCUCCCACUAGUUCCUCGGGAUCUCCAUCUCCAAUAGGCUCUCCUACUGCCACCCCCUCCACUAAGUCCCCACCCUUCAACCUGCACCCUGCCCCUCACCUGCUAGCCAGUAUGCAACUGCAGAAACUUAAUAGCCAGUAUCAUGGGAUGGCCACCGCCACUCCAGGCCAACCCGGGGAGGCAGGGCCCCUGCAAAACUGGGGCUUUGGGGCUCAGGGGGGAGGGGCGGGAUCACUCUCUCCUUCUACCGGUGCCCAGAGCCCUGCUAUCAUCGAUUCAGACCCGGUGGAUGAGGAAGUGCUGAUGUCGCUGGUGGUGGAACUGGGACUGGACCGAGCCAAUGAGCUUCCAGAGCUGUGGUUGGGGCAGAAUGAGUUUGACUUCACUGCGGACUUUCCAUCUGGCUGCUAAUGCCAAGUGUCUCUAAAGAUGGAGGAAUAAAGCCACCAAUUCUGCUGUAAAUAAAAAUAAAAGUUACUUACAAAGAGAUGGGCCAA